AUGUGUUAUCUGAACAAGGUUUGGAUUGCAGCAUCGUUUGUGGCUGCUCAAGGAAACCCCGAUCACGGCGUGAAGUUGAAAACCGGGCUCAGCUCCGCACACCACCUACAACGCCGGCUUUCCUCCGAUAUCCGCCCUCUCUCCGCCACAGCUGACCCCGUAGAUGGUCCGCGUGUAGAAGAAAGACGGGUUACCUCUUCUUCCACUCCUGAUGAAUCUCUCCGUCAGAUCAUGUACCUCAACUGCUGGAGCCAAGGCUAAUUCUAGUUCCAUGCAAUCCAUCCACAGAUGUUGAUGGUGGCUCGCUCUUGGACCUGCUGAGUCGGAUAAAGCGAGAUGGAUCUUCUGAUGAUAAUUGUAUAUAUGUGAAUAUGUUCAAAAAAUAUCAAAAACAUGCGUUCGUUAAUGAGAAACAUCGUCUAUUUUCCAAAUUA